GUGAGCCAACUUAUUAGGGAGUAUAGAAAAUAAGCUAUUUUACACCAGUAGUAUGGUUACAUUUAAAAUAAUUAUGUUCAAAGUAAACGAAGCAGACAAUUGAAUCAGGAACAUAUGACCGAAGUAACUUGAAUAACCCACUCCUGGUAGGAACCAGUGUCACUAGCGAGGCAGCAACAAUAGCAUAAGGAAACAAAAAACUAAAUUUUGCUCAUCCUUUAUGAAGAACAUCAUGAAGAAGACAAUUAAAGAAGACUUUAACUGGGAUGAUUACUUGAAGGAAACUGGUUCAGUAGCUGCUCCUCUUCAUUGUUUUAGACAGUCAAAGAUUCCACCUAGCAACGAUUUCAAAGUAGGAAUGAAACUAGAAGCUCACGACCCUCGCAAUGUCGCAUCCGUUUGUAUUGCUACUGUAAUAGGGAUAACUGGUGCUCGUUUACGCCUGCGCUUGGAUGGUAGUGACAAUAAAAACGACUUCUGGAGGUUGGUAGAUUCGUUAGACAUCCAGGAAAUUGGUACAUGUGAGAAGAAUAGAGACAUGUUGCAACCACCUUUAGGGUUUCAGAUGAAUGCCUCCUCUUGGCCAAUGUUUCUCUUAAAGACUUUGAACGGAGCUAAAAUGGCACCAGCAUCAUACUUUAAAAAGGAACCUCAGAAGCCAUCUGAGAACUUCUUUAAAAAGGGAAUGAAACUAGAAGCAGUAGAUAAGAAACACCCUCAUUUGAUCUGCCCAGCCACUAUCGGGGAUGUCAGAGGGGGAGACAUUUUUAUCACAUUUGAUGGUUGGAGAGGAGCAUUUGACUACUGGUGCAAAUAUGACUCCCGUGACAUCUUCCCAAUUGGAUGGUGCAAGAUAACUGGAGAUUCAUUACAAACCCCUGGAAACAAUGUUUCUGGACCCAAAAAUUUAAGCAUCUCAACAUCUCCUACAAAGGGUACCCGUCACUUAAUGCAGUCCCCUCCUAAAGCUGCCCCAGCACAGAGGGGGCGGAAGCCAAUGCGUGACAAGCUUCUGGGACAGGUCUCCACUGCCUCAAGUAAAGGAAAACAAAAUGCUGCAUUUUCAAAAAACAUGCCCGAUAUUGAAAACCUCAAAGGACGUUCGAAGGGAUUGAAGCCAGGAAGAAAGAAAGCAAUUUUACCAUUACAUUCACCUUUACCUCCAGCCAACGCUAUGCAUGAAGAUAUGACUAAAUCUCAGAUUCCUAAAGAUGGGAGUAAUAUUACGAGUCCCUCCAUGACUGUGAUUUCAACAGUUUGUGUUUAUGUGAACAAGCAUGGAAACGCUGGUCCUCAUCUUGACAAGAAGAAAGUAUUACAGCUUCCAGAUCACUUUGGGCCUGGUCCCGUCAAUGUGGUACUACAGCAAGCAGUGCAGGCCUGCAUUAAUUGUGCCUACCAGAGUAAAAUAGUAUUUAGCUUCCUAAAGUCAGGACACCAAGGAGGGGAAGUAAUAACUGCUUCUUUUGAGGGUGAGAAACAUUCUGUUCACCUGCCACCAGUGAAUAGCGCAUCCUUUGUUUUACGUUUUUUGGAGAAGCUCUGCCACAGUCUGCAAUGUGAUAAUCUUUUCAGCAGCCAGCCUUUCAGCCCUUACAUUGGGGGAGCACAUAGUCCCACAGACUAUGACAGGAACAAGUCUACAAAAGAUGAAGUUACAGACAGGACCAACAAAAGAUAUUCUCAGGAAUCACCACCAUAUAUAUCCCCACUUUCUCCAAAGUUGCCUAGAACAGAAGCUCAUCCUUCUGAAGCAGAAGCACUGCCAACAGAAGAAAACUGCAAUCCCAAAGAUGCCAGGUUUUCAGAGGAAUCCAUGGACUCUGCCCUGAACACUGUAAAUCCCCCAAGUCCUUCUCAAAACACAGGAGAGUACCGUAAUAUGAGCAGUGCGCCAAGCUAUUACAGGGGCUCCUUGCAGCCUGUGACUGCUACCUCAAACACAACUCCCCUUCCCCGGAGAUCAUCCUCAAGUUCAGCUGGCAACAGCUGCUUUUACGAUGCAGACAGGAAUCAUAUGCACAGGAGGAUAGAAGCUGCCAGUUCUACUACAGGACCAGAGCUUCACUCCUCAGAUCGAGAAACUUCAAAAGGGCAUAAUAAGGAUCCAUCGACUUGGUCAAUUGAUGAUGUCAUACGUUUUAUAAAGGAAGCAGAUCCCCAGGCAUUAGCACCGCAUGCUGAACUCUUCAGGAGACAUGAAAUUGAUGGAACAGCCCUUCUGUUACUUAGAAGUGAUAUGAUAAUGAAAUACAUGGGACUGAAACUUGGGCCUGCACUGAAGCUUUGCUACCACAUUGAAAGACUCAAGCAAGGAAAAUAUUAAGGGUACAACAGCUUGUUUACAAGGGCUGGC